AAAAAAAAAAAAAAUUAAAAGUUUUAUUUAAAACCUUGUAAGCCUUCUUAUAUAGUAUAAAAAUGAAAUACGUUGUCGUUUCUGGUGGUGUUAUCUCGGGUAUUGGUAAAGGGGUUUUAGCUUCUUCUACCGGGUUGUUAUUCAAAACCUUGGGUUUCAGAGUCACUUCAAUUAAGAUUGAUCCAUAUAUGAAUAUUGAUGCUGGGACCAUGUCGCCAUUAGAACAUGGAGAGUGUUUUGUUCUUAAUGAUGGGGGUGAGGUUGAUUUAGAUUUAGGUAAUUAUGAAAGAUACUUAAACAUCACUUUAACUAGGGACCAUAAUAUUACUACUGGUAAAAUUUAUUCUCAUGUUAUUGAAAAGGAAAGAAAAGGAGAUUAUUUGGGUAAAACUGUUCAAGUAGUACCACAUAUUACUAAUGCAAUUCAAGAAUGGAUUGAAAGAGUUGCCAGAAUCCCAGUUGAUGAGAGUGGAUUAGAACCAGAAAUCUGUAUUAUUGAAUUAGGUGGUACUGUUGGGGAUAUUGAAAGUGCACCAUUUGUUGAAGCAUUAAGACAAUUUCAAUUUAGAGUUGGUGUCGAAAAUUUCUCAUUAAUUCAUGUUUCAUUAGUUUUAGUUAUUCAUGGUGAACAAAAAACCAAACCAACUCAAGCCGCAAUUAAAGAUUUAAGAUCAUUAGGAUUAACUCCAGAUUUAAUUGCUUGUAGAUGUCAAGAAGAAUUAGAGGCAUCUACCGUUGAAAAAAUUGGUAUGUUUUGUCAUGUUGGACCAAAUCAAGUUGUUGCAAUUCACGAUGUUAGUUCAACUUAUCACGUUCCAUUAUUAUUGAAAGAACAAAAAAUGAUGAAAUAUUUAUGCAAAAAAUUAGAAUUAGAUGGUAAUAAGUUGAGCCAAUCAGCUUUAGAUAAAGGUGAAAACUUAUUAUCAAGAUGGAGAUCAUUAACUGCUAAUCAUGAUAAAUCUUAUGAAACAGUUACAAUUGCAUUAGUUGGUAAAUAUACUAAUUUAAAAGAUUCAUAUUUAUCAGUUAUUAAAUCUUUAGAACAUUCAUCAAUGAGAUGUAAUAGAAAAUUAAAUAUUGAAUGGGUUGAAUCAACUAAUUUAGAAGAAUCAAUUAAAGAUACUAAUUUAGCUGAAUAUCAUAAAGCAUGGCAUCAUAUUUGUCAAGCUGAUGGUAUUUUAGUUCCUGGUGGAUUUGGUACUAGAGGUAUUGAAGGUAUGAUCGCUGCUGCUAAAUACGCAAGAGAAAAUGAUGUUCCUUAUUUGGGUGUUUGUUUAGGUUUACAAAUUGCCGUUAUUGAAUUUGUUAGAAAUGUUUUAGGUUAUACUAAUUCAACUUCAAUGGAAUUUGAUUCCAAUGCCGAUGAAGAAAUUGCUUCAGUUGUUUAUAUGCCAGACGUUGACCAAAUUAAGUUAGGUGGUACCAUGAGAUUAGGGUGUCAUUCAACUAAAUUUGUUGAAAAUUCUCAAUGGUCAAAAUUAAGAAAACUCUACGGUAAUCCAUCUUCUGUUUUGGAAAGACAUAGACAUAGAUACGAAGUCAAUCCAAAAUUAAUCGAUCAAAUCGAAUCAAAAGGUUUGAAAUUCAUCGGUAAAGAUGACUCUGAAAAAAGAAUGGAAGUCUUGGAAUUAGAAAACCAUAAAUUUUUCUGUGGUACUCAAUACCAUCCGGAAUACAUUUCUAAAGUUUUGGAUCCUUCUAGACCUUUCUUGGGUUUAGUCGCUGCUUCUGCUGGUAUCUUAGAUGAUGUUUUAGCUAGAGAUGACCUUGAUGUUAAAGGUGAUUUCUAAUGUUUCUCUU